CCUCGCUCAUUUGCUAGUAGCAGUGGUGAGAGGCGGGUGGCCGCUGCGCUGCAUUUGCCCUUCCCCCUUCUUGGCCGCCGAUCCCCGGGCUGGGUGCCCGUCUGUCGCCUCCACGGAGCCCGUGAAUCUUCUGCGAUCUCAUUACACGGCCUGUAGCUUUCCACCUUUGUGGCCUAAAGGUCGGGGCCCGCUUCGGCGUCUAUUCCCUGCCUUCAGGGGCCUCCCAGGCCAGAUCCGGUACCGACUCUCCUGAUCUGUUCGCCAGGUUUCUCUCCUCAGUCCCGCCGCCCCUCGGGGGCCUCUGCCCGCCAUGAGCUACGGGCGCCCCCCGCCUGAUGUGGAGGGCAUGACUUCCCUGAAGGUGGAUAACCUGACCUAUCGCACGUCUCCAGACACGCUAAGACGCGUCUUCGAAAAGUACGGGCGGGUGGGGGACGUCUACAUCCCCCGGGACCGCUACACCAAGGAGAGCCGCGGCUUUGCCUUCGUCCGCUUCCACGACAAGCGCGAUGCCGAGGAUGCGAUGGACGCCAUGGACGGCGCAGUGCUGGACGGCCGAGAGCUCCGCGUCCAGAUGGCCCGUUACGGGAGGCCCCCGGACUCCCAUCACAGCCGCCGGGGGCCGCCGCCGCGCCGAUACGGAGGUGGCGGCUACGGACGCCGCAGCCGCAGCCCCAGAAGACGCCGCCGUAGCCGAUCCAGGAGCAGGAGCCGCUCUAGGUCCCGCAGUCGAUCCCGCUACAGUCGGUCCAAGUCCAGAUCCCGCACACGCUCGCGAUCUCGCUCGACCUCUAAGUCUAGGUCUGCCAGGAGAUCCAAAUCCAAGUCGUCAUCCGUCUCCAGAUCCCGAUCCAGGUCGAGGUCCAGAUCCAGGUCUAGAAGUCCCCCACCAGUCUCAAAGAGGGAAUCUAAAUCCAGAUCCAGGUCUAAGAGCCCCCCCAAAUCUCCCGAAGAGGAAGGAGCUGUAUCCUCUUAGGAAAAUGAUGCAUCAGAUAAAUGAGAAAUCUACAUAAAGGACGCCUCUGGGGGAAAAAGAUCCUAUGAAUCUUCAGUCCAUUGGAGAGACCCCAGGCACAAGCAACCAGCUGUUGAAAAGGUUAUUUUGUAACAUUUUUGUCUAACUUUUUACUUGUUUAAGUUGAGCCUCAAAUGGCAGACUUUACAUUUUAUGUGCCAUUUUGUUGCUGUUAUUCAAAUUUCUUGUAAUUUAGUGAAGUGAACGACUACCGAUUUCAUUAUUGGCUUGGAUAUUUGAGGUAAAUUUUCAUUUUUGUUUAUAUAGUGCUGGCUUUUGUUUGACUUUAAAAAAAAAAAAAAAAAACUGAUGGUAACUUAAUUUGUUGCCUCAAGUUUCAUGUUGCGGAAACAUGCAGCCAUUACAUGCCGAGUAGCUGACUGUCAAGGAAGUGUUCUCAAUUUGCCUUCAUUCCUUAAAUAAAAUUCUGCAAAACUUCUUCGGAUGUAAACUUCUUGUAAAUGCUAUUUGCUUUGAAUUUAAAUAGUAUCGUCUAUUCCAAAUUUGUAUAAAACUUUUCAGGUGACAGUUGAUUUUUGAAAGGAUUGUUUUAUCAGACUCAAUUCUAAUCUCUUCUCUUAUGUAUUUUUGUGCACUAGGCGCAGUUGUGUAGCAGUUGAGUAAUGCUGGUUAGCUGUUAAGGUGGCGUGUUGCAGUGCAGAGUGCUUGGCUGUUUCCUGUUUUCUCCUGAUUGCUCCUGUGUAACGAUGCCUUGUCGUGCAGAAACAAAUGGCUGUCCAGUUAAUUAAAAUGCCUGACAACUGCACUUCCAGUCACCCGGGCCUUGCAUAAAAAUAAUGGAGCAUACAGUGAGCACAUCUAGCUGAUGAUAUACACACCUUAUUUUUUCCAGAAUGGUAAAUCUUACCAUCUUCUUUUAUGAACUUGCAUAUAAGAAAUGUAAUGUUAAGAGCAAAUGUUUCAUUCCUUUGUAAGUACUGAUUGGUGUAUCUUUUGCUUAUGACAUUAUGUACUAUAACCACUGUCCCUGUAGUUACUAUUAAACAUUUUUCUUGGUGUUAACUUUUCUCAAUCUAA